AUGGGCAAGACAGACAGUAUCUCUGUUGAGCUGAACUCCCCAUGUGAGGCACGUCAGGCUGCACCCAUAGAGACUCACUCCUCAGUUGUGGAUGCCAAGAAAAAGAAGACCAACUCUGAUGAUCGGGGUACAUGGAAAGGAAGAUUUGACUUCCUACUGUCUUGUGUGGGCUAUGCCAUUGGACUGGGGAAUGUGUGGCGGUUCCCAUACCUGUGUGGAAAAAAUGGUGGAGGUGCCUUCCUGAUCCCAUAUUUUCUGACACUGGUCUUCGCUGGAAUUCCAUUGUUCUUUCUUGAAACGGCUCUGGGUCAGUUCACGUCUAUUGGUGGACUGGGGGUGUGGAAGCUGGCCCCCAUGUUUAAAGGAGUUGGGAUGGCUGCUGCGGUACUGUCCUUCUGGCUGAACACUUACUAUAUUGUAAUCAUCGCAUGGGCCCUUUAUUAUCUCUUCAAUUCCUUCUCCUCGACUCUACCCUGGCAGAGCUGCGAUAAUAGCUGGAACACGGAUCGAUGUUUCUCCAACUACUCCUUGAAUGACACCACAAACCUCACCAGCGCUGUCACUGAGUUUUGGGAGAGGAACAUGCAUCAGGUCACAGGUGGACUUGGAGAACCAGGGAACAUUCGUUGGCCCCUCGUAUGCACCCUGGCAUUAUCCUGGAUCAUGGUUUACUUUUCUAUCUGGAAAGGAGUAGAGUGGACAGGGAAGGUGGUUUACUUCUCAGCGACCUACCCAUACUUCAUGCUUGUGAUCUUGUUCUUCCGUGGGAUCACCCUUCCCGGAGCGAUGGAUGGGAUCCGCUUUUACAUCACUCCAGACUUUAGUAAACUCUCAGAAUCUGCGGUUUGGAUGGACGCAGCCACACAGAUCUUCUUUUCCUAUGGACUUGGUCUUGGUUCCCUCAUUGCACUGGGCAGUUACAAUUCUUUCAACAACAAUGUAUACAGAGAUUCCAUCAUCGUGUGCGGGAUUAAUUCUUCCACCAGCAUGUUUGCUGGAUUGGUCAUCUUUUCCAUUGUUGGAUUCAUGUCACACAUUACCAAGAAACCGAUCCAAGAGUUGGCGGCAUCAGGACCAGGACUGGCAUUCCUGGCAUAUCCACAGGCUGUAACCCAACUGCCAAUGUCUCCUGUCUGGUCCAUUCUUUUUUUCUCCAUGCUUGUCAUGUUGGGUUUGGACAGCCAGUUUUGCACAGUGGAAGGGUUCAUCACUGCACUGGUGGACGAAUACCCACAAUUUCUAAGGAGCAGAAAGAAAACGUUCAUUGCAGCCGUCUGUUUCAUCUCCUUCAUUGUCGGAUUUUCCAACAUUACCCAGGGAGGACUCUACGUCUUUAAACUUUUUGACUAUUACUCAGCCAGUGGAAUGUGUCUCCUGUUCCUGGUCUUCUUUGAGACUAUCUCUAUAGCAUGGUGUUAUGGUGUGGACCGGUUCUACCAGGACAUUGAGGAGAUGAUUGGGUACCAGCCCUGCUCCUGGUGGAAGCUCUGCUGGGCAUAUUUUACCCCAUUUGUUUGUUUGGGUGUUUUUAUAUUCAGCGUGGUAGAGAUGACCCCCCUCACACUAGGGCCAUAUGUGUACCCAGCAUGGGGUCAGGGUAUUGGCUGGCUGAUGGCACUCUCGUCUAUGGUAUUGAUCCCUGGCUACAUGGUAUAUUUGUUUCUCACCUCAUCGGGCACCAUCAGUCAGCGCCUCCGAGAUAUGAUGCGGCCACAAAUGCAGCGGGUCAUGCAGAAAAAUGGAUUGCGACCCAGACUUAGCUUAGAUGGGAGCACACAAGAGACUCCAGGAUUGUAG